UCCCGGGACGUACCCCGCCGAUCAUGGCCAGCCCCAAGGGGGCCGGUCCCGCCACUUGGCGCUUCGCCGCCGCAGCCAGCUGGCGAGUGGUGCGCGGACGCUGCGUGGAGCAUUUCCCUCAAGUCCUCCAGUUUCUGCGCUCCCUGCGCGCUGCCGCCCCCGGCUUGGUUCGCUACCGGCACCACGAGCGCUUGUGUAUGGGCCUACAGGCCAAGGUGGUGGUGGAGAUGAUCGUGCAAGGCCGGCCUUGGGCUCAGGUUCUGAGUGUCCUGAAUCGCCACUUCCCAGAGUCUGGACCCGUACCGCGGGACCCUAAAGCCACAAAGCGGGAUCUGAGGAAGAUUUUGGAGGCCCGGGAAACCUUUUGCCAGCAGGUGAAGCAGCUGUCACAGGCCCCUGUGGAUGUGGCCUCAAAGCUGCAGCAGGAGCUUGAAGAAGAGUAUGGGGAACCCUUCAUGGCGGCCAUGGAAAAGCUAUUUUUUGAAUACCUGUGUCAGCUCGAGAGAGCACUGCCUGCAGUACAGGCACAGCAGCUUCAAGAUGUGCUGAGUUGGAUGCAGCCUGGAGUUUCUGUGUCCUCUUCUCUUGCCUUGAGCCAAUAUGCUGUGGACAUGGGGUGGCCACUUCCAGAGCACUUAGUUUCUGAUUCAGUGAACCUGACCGAGCCCGAGAGACAGAAUCCUCCUAGGCAGUCAAGACCAGCUCUCCACAGUCCUCUGCCAAAAGCCAAGGCCAGUCCUGGGAGACCAGCCUCAGGGAAGCGUCCCGAAUCUUUUGCUGGCCACCGCUUCAAUCUGGCCCCCCUAGGCCGGCGAAGAAUCCAGUCCCGAUGGACAUCUGCAAGGGACGGCUAUAAAGAGCGCCCCACGGUCAUGCUGUUGCCCUUUAGGAAUCUGGACCCACCGAGCCAAGUCAUUGCUCAACCUGAGAGGAAAGAGAGUGGGAUACACACAGCAGACGCAGCAGGUGUGGGUGCAAGAGCAGCCUUCACUGGCAAGUCCAAGAGUCCCUCUCAGAUGGAGGAGGAAAAGGCUGUGAAGGACACCCCACCUGCCCUGUCUGCCUCAGAGCAAACGGAGAAUUGCUUGGACCCCCUGAAACUAUCCUUAUCACCUCCAAAGGCCAAGAAGCCAGCACGUCCUCCAUCUCUGACCACCUCGGUCAUUACCAUAGGGGACUUUGUUUUGGACUCUGAUGAGGAAGAAGAUAGCCAGACAGAAGAAACGGAGUUGCUGGGAAACUAUCAGAAGACAAAGUAUGACACCCUGAUUCCCACUUUCCGUGAAUACCUCCCCACCUGUGGCCCCAGUGCCGUGCCUGCUCCUUCCUGUGACUUCACAGACAGCUCUAGAUCCCUGUGAGACCACUGCAGUGCC